AUGGCUCUGGCUGAGCGUCUGGCUCUGGAGCUGUGGGAUUGGGAGAGGAAUGAAGAGCUAGAGGAGGAGGAAGAUAAGAUGAGGACGGGGAUGAAAAGGAAAAGGCCUGGGUCCCCCGACGUGCUGCACCAGCAGCAGCGGAACGACACCGGCCUCGGGGACGACCACGGGGACGUGGUGCAGCGGAACGACACCGGCCUCGGGGACGACCACGGGGACGUGGUGCAGCGGAACGACACCGGCCUCGGGGACGACCACGGGGACGUGGUGCAGCGGAACGACACCGGCCGCGCGGACGACCACGGGGACGUGGUGCAGCGGAACGACACCGGCCUCGGGGACGACCACGGGGACGUGGUGCAGCGGAACGACACCGGCCUCGGGGACGACCACGGGGACAUGGUGCAGCGGAACGACACCGGCCUCGGGGACGACCACGGGGACGUGGUGCAGCGGAACGACACCGGCCUCGGGGACGACCACGGGGACGUGGUGCAGCGGAACGACACCGGCCUCGGGGGCGACCACGGGGACGUGGUGCAGCCGGAACGACACCGGCCUCGGGGACGACCACGGGGCGUGCGGAACGACACCGGCCUCGGGGACGACCACGGGACGUGGUGCAGCGGAACGACACCGGCCUCGGGGGACGACCACGGGGACGUGGUGCAGCGGAACGACACCGGCCUCGGGGGCGACAACGGGGGCGUGGUGCAGCGGAACGACACCGGCCUCGGGGACGACCACGGGGACGUGGUGCAGCGGAACGACACCGGCCUCGGGGACGACCACGGGGACGUGGUGCAGCGGAACGACACCGGCCUCGGGGACGACCACGGGGACGUGGUGCAGCGGAACGACACCGGCCUCGGGGACGACCACGGGGACAUGGUGCAGCGGAACGACACCGGCCUCGGGGACGUGGUGCAGCGGAACGACACCGGCCUCGGGGACGACCACGGGGACGUGGUGCAGCGGAACGACACCGGCCUCGGGGACGACCACGGGGACGUGGUGCAGCGGAACGACACCGGCCUCGGGGACGACCACGGGGACGUGGUGCAGCGGAACGACACCGGCCUCGGGGACGACCACGGGGACAUGGUGCAGCGGAACGACACCGGCCUCGGGGACGACCACGGGGACGUGGUGCAGCGGAACGACACCGGCCGCGCGGACGACCACGGGGACGUGGUGCAGCGGAACGACACCGGCCUCGGGGACGACCACGGGACAACGACACCGGCCUCGGGGGACGACCACGGGGACGUGGUGCAGCGGAACGACACCGGCCUCGGGGACGACCACGGGGACGUGGUGCAGCGGAACGACACCGGCCUCGGGGGCGACCACGGGGACGUGGUGCAGCGGAACGACACCGGCCUCGGGGACGACCACGGGGACGUGGUGCAGCGGAACGACACCGGCCUCGGGGGCGACCACGGGGGCGUGGUGCAGCGGAACGACACCGGCCUCGGGGACGACCACGGGGCGUGGUGCAGCGGAACGACACCGGCCUCGGGGGCGACAACGGGGACGUGGUGCAGCGGAACGACACCGGCCUCGGGGGACGACCACGGGGACGUGGUGCAGCGGAACGACACCGGCCUCGGGGACGACCACGGGGACGUGGUGCAGCGGAACGACACCGGCCUCGGGGACGACCACGGGGACGUGGUGCAGCGGAACGACACCGGCCUCGGGGACGACCACGGGGACAUGGUGCAGCGGAACGACACCGGCCUCGGGGACGACCACGGGGACGUGGUGCAGCGGAACGACACCGGCCUCGGGGACGACCACAGGGACGUGGUGCAGCGGAACGACACCGGCCUCGGGGACGACCACGGGGACGUGGUGCAGCGGAACGACACCGGCCUCGGGGGACGACCACGGGAGCGUGGUGCAGCGGAACGACACCGGCCUCGGGGGACGACCACGGGGACGUGGUGCAGCGGAACGACACCGGCCUCGGGGACGACCACGGGGACAUGGUGCAGCGGAACGACACCGGCCUCGGGGACGACCACGGGGACGUGGUGCAGCGGAACGACACCGGCCUCGGGGACGACCACAGGGACGUGGUGCGGGUCGGUCAGGGCCAGUUGCAGCUGCUGUAGUUGCGGCAGCGUCGGACAGGCAGUUCCUGCUGUCUCCAUUUAG